GACACAUAACUGUAACUCCUCAAAAAAUCCACCAUCUGAUCGUUCCGUUCUGUUGUAAUUCACUCAAAGUCAAAGUUAACUACAACAAUUAACUAACUAAUCCACCCAUCAUCAUCACCAUUCAUUCCACAUUUUUACUCUUUAAUAGAUCAUUUCGUUAACAAAACUAAUCUCUGCAUGGACAAGAUCAUUCAAUUAGCAACAGCACCCGCCCCUAUUUCCACUCCACUCCACAAAUUCAGUUAAUUAAAUCCCAAUUAAACUUGAAUCAUUGAACCUAAAUAAAUAAUGGCGUCUUAACAAGAAAUUUUGUGUAUUAUUAAUUAAAUUAAACCCCCAUCUUCUCAAUAAUUACCUACCAUAUCAAGGUUAUUUAAUUUCUUGACCUUGGACUUGAUUAUUUUCCUGUUGCGACCUUUUUCGUCAUGUCAGACCUAUUUCGCUCCGCGUUGGGUUACCUCAGCUCGUCAACGACUUCCGCCACGUCAUCUUCGUCCGGGGGUGGCGUGUAUAACUCGGCGAGUGGUGGUUCCUCCGAGGAGACUUCCGCACUCGGAGAGGUCAUCACGUUCUCUGCCAAUGGACAUAAUACGAGAAGUGUACGGAUUACAAAACUCAUUGCGGAAGGUGGAUUCUCGUACGUUUUUAAAGGUGUCGACCUUCAAAAUGGUGAUAUCGUUGCGAUCAAGAAAAUCAUGGCGCCUGACGCCGAGGCGAAAAAAGCCGUCGCCGAAGAAAGAGAAUUCCUCGCCCAGUUUCAACACGAAAAUAUUGCCAACUUUUUCGGAACUUAUGUGAAAUCAGGCGCGUCUCGAAUGGAGGAACAUUAUCUUGGCCUCGAGUUCUGUCCCGUACAACUCCCUACGCCGCCCCUGCGCAUCCAACAUACAGCGCAAGUUUUCGCCCAAACUUGCAAGGCUAUCAAGUACUUGCACGACUUUGGCAUUGUCCACAGAGAUAUCAAACUCGAAAACAUUCUCAUUGGAGGGGACGGUCUCGUAAAGCUUGUCGAUUUUGGAUCAGCCACGAUGGAAAAAUUUUACCCUACACCGGACUGGUCGAUGGCGAAACGGACUCUUGUCGAGGAGCAGAUUGCAGCAAAAACGACACCUAUGUAUCGCGCUCCGGAAAUGCUUGACCUCUGGUCUAACCACGCUAUCGAUGAACACGCUGAUCUCUGGGCGUUAGGCUGUCUACUUUUCGCCCUCAACUUUGGCCAACAUCCGUUCCAAGAUUCUAAUAAGCUCGCCAUCGUCAAUGCAAACUAUUCCCUGCCCAAGAACGUGUCCGAUUCAGGCCCUGUCGUAACUUUGAUCCGCGGACUCUUAAAAGUUGACCCGGUAGAGCGUCUCUCUUUCGGUCAGAUGUUCGAGGUGUUAGCGUCCAUCGCAGAGUCGCAGAAUUUCUCACUGAACGCUCCCCUCCCGUUCAAAGCCCCCAUUUCACCGCAGAACACAGGCAUCGGAAUUGGCGGAGGGAUAUUACCCGGUGGAAGUGGGAUCGUCAACCCAUUAGCAAAUUGUGGUCCAGCCAUGGACAGAGGGCAAGCGCCAGUGUCGAGUCAUCACCAUCACUCGUCAGCGGCACCAAGUGGGGGCGGAUCUCUCUUCAGCAGCCUUCGUGGCGGGGCUGUCUCGUUGAUUAAGAACAUUAAAGAGCAGAGUCAGCAAUAUCUCGCGCCAACGUCGCCCUCGGGAGUUCCGCUCACGUCGAGCAACGGUUCCGUCGGUGGAAGUCCAGAUCAUCAUCAACCCCCCGCAAGAACCCCACGUCCUGCGCCAGCUUCCGCGUCACAACAUCCUAGUCGUCCUCCGCCACCAAGACCGGCCCCACCCAGUCCCCUCCUCGCCCGAAAAGGAGAACCCAUCGAAUUUGAAAAUCGUGAAUAUGCGGCGAUGAACACUACUUCAGCCUCAGUUCCAGUCCGAUCUUCUGGCCCACCCCCACGCCCACAAGCCCCACCUUCACCACGACAUCACGACGUAGAAGCGGUCUCAUCUUCCUCCCCAAAAAUAGCAAAUUUGCUCGACAUGAGUUUCGAUUCACCGAAUUUAGAACCUUCACCUCCUACUCAACCCGGAUCGAAUGCACAUCUACUCGACGACCUGUUCGGCACUGCCACUGGUGCAGCAACAACGACAGAGGAUCUCUUUUGGGGUGCACCCACCCCUUCUGCUCCUCCCACCACAAGUAAUAAUACAACGCAGCAAUCAUCCGACCUUGGCGACCUACUCGGAGAUCCGCGGGACCCGCUUGCGUCCCUUUUGGGCACUUCGGCUCCCAGUUCGCGACCCUUUUCUGGCAGUGGUGGCGGAUUCGCGGCGAAUUUUGGUGGUCAAACUAAUAGUCAGACGUUCCUCCAGCAACCUUCCAACACGAUGCCGCAAUCGGCCUCAUUUCAAAACCUCAACGCCACCUCCUCCUCCCUUCUCGGGGGACCACCCCUCCUCUCGUCUGCUUCAUCAGGAAAAAUCCCGAAAAAUAGCUCCUCCCCCAACCUCCUGUCCGACCUCAUUCUCGGCGACAUAAUUUCUGGUCCAGCCGCCAACUCUAAUUCCUUCGCCGCCUCGGUCAAUAUUUCUUCCGCAGGGGCUUCCGCUUCUGGCGGGUCUUCAAACCCGACUCUAUCUUCCCAAUCUCGUCCAAAUUAUAAUCGGACUCUUUUCGAGCCACCGCAACCUGUACCGAAACAAAAUUUGAACGAUGUGUUCGGCGACAUUUUGUCCUCCCAAGGAUUCGCCGCCAGCAACCGGCUCGACGGCGGGAAGACUAUUAACGACAUGAGAAAAAUCGACAUUCUCUCCAACCCAAAUGCAAACCUGACGCAGAUUAAGGUCAACGACUGGCGCGACGGCAAGAAGAAGAACAUUCGCGCCCUGCUCUCCUCACUGCAUACCAUCACGUGGGACGGGUGUCACUGGGAGGAGACAAAUAUGUCGCAAAUGAUAACGCCCGCCCAGGUCAAGAAGACUUAUCGGAAAGCAUGCCUCGCCAUCCAUCCUGAUAAGCAAAUGGGCGAGGAGUGGGAGGAGUUGGCGAAACUCAUAUUUGUCGAAUUGAACGAGGCAUGGGCGGCUUUCGAAGAGUCUCAGUAAUGCAGAUUAGUUAAUUGCGGAUUGACGGAUUUUAAUUAAUUAAUUACAUCGUGAUCGAUAAGUGCUUAUACACACUGCAGCUAUAAUACUUUUUUAUUUUAGUUAUAGUUAAACUCCUAAGUACUCUCGACAUUCAUAUUAAUUAAGUUCCUGCACAUUUUUAAUGUAAAGUAAUUUCACUUAAUUUUUUAACCCAGAGAGUCGACAAAUGGUGAUGAUUGAAUACAAUGAUGAUGCUGUUUUAAAUUGUGAUUUCGAGAUUGGAACAGGUCGCUAUUUAAUUGUGAAUGUACUUUAAUGAAGCAAUUUAUGCGGAUGUUUGUAAUCCAGAGAUGCAUUUGAUCUGUAUAAGUUUAUAUACAGUCUGAUUUCCCUCGUGAUCUUUGCAAGCUUGUUGAAACUUACAACGUGACACGAAGUUACUGGGUUACAAACAUCCGCAUGAAUUGGUUCAUUUAAAGAUAAAUUUACUUAUCGAGUGCCGUUAAAAAUAUGUAUGAUCAAAAUUUUAAAUAAGUGUGGAAAGAAUAAGAAUACCGUCAAGAUUCAGAAUAUUUAUUAAUGAAGUACAUAGAGAUGAUAAUGAUGUUAAAUCCUAUACUCAAAAUGGUAAGGUAUCUUUAUAACCGUGUAAACUGUGUAAAGUUUGUAAAUUACAUACGAAUCUAGCCAAGUCAAACACAGAUUUCAUUCCGUGGAAAAUUUUACAACUUAAUUUUCUUUCAAGAUUUGUUUUCGAAAAUCUUGGUGCCUGUACUAAUUUUACGCAGUUUACACAGCUACAAAGCUUCACGUGGAUUACCUCAAAUAGAACGAAAAUGGAAACAGAACAAUAAUUAGGGUAGUGAAAAAAAUAAAGGAGCGAUUUAAUGAUAUUACAGUAAUAAGCAAGAAAACUAUUAAAAUUAGUUAUCAUCAACUCCUUAAUUACUUAAUUCCAAUUAAAUACUUACAUAAUUUAUAGAAAUCAUUUUUAGUCAUCAAAUCCUUGACUGAAUAUUAAGUAAACAAUUAUGUAGAUAAUAAGUUUCCAAUAAUUUCUUUUCAAUUAAAUAGUUUUAACUUUCCGAAAUUGUUUCCAUAUUUUAAAACUGAUUAAUUUUAAAGGAGAAGGAUUUUAAUUUAUUGAUAAUUAAUUACACAUGAAACGAUAAUUGUCCUAAGUUAACAAAGUCAACUACCAUUUUUUAUGAUGUGAAGUAACAGAACCGAUGAUGAAAUUAGAAAUUAGUGAAACAUACGAAAUAUAAAUCAAGUGAGAAAUAAAAAAAACGUAAGUGUAA